AGAAAUGCAGUCAAGUUUACGGCGAUUUCAGUCCUCUCCCGUCCUAUAUAUAUAUACGAACCUUCCCUGCCCUUUCUCAGCCCCCUUGCCAAGAUCCCAACUCUCCCAGCUUCCUUUCCAAAGCCUGAUCUUUCUGUCUCAUUCUUAAUUUCCUUGAAACCACGAUCAAAUCCAAGCAAUAUAUAUAGCGUAAAAGAUCGAUGGCCAAAGGUGGCAAGCUAACCAAGCUCAAGUCAGUUCUCAAGAAAUGGAAUUCUUUCAGCAAGCAAGCUGCUAGCCGUCCCAACCUCAGCUCCAUCUCCUCUGUUGGGGACGAUGAUUCCUCCAGUGCCAUCUCCAGGGACCUCCACCCAGUCUACGUCGGAAAGUCACGCCGGCGCUACCUCGUUGGCUCCGACGUGGUUGACCACCCGCUCUUCAGGGAGCUCGUGGAAAGGUCGGCCGCCGGCGACUCUGAAGACACUGUCAACGUGGCUUGCGAGGUGGUCUUGUUUGAGCACUUGCUCUGGAUGCUCGAGAAUGCCGAUCCACAGCCCGAGUCACUGGACGAACUCGUCGAGUUCUAUGCUUGCUGAUCGUCGGGAGGGCAUAUCUGUAAUUUAAAUGCAUGGUAACUCCUCGUGGUGACUAAAAAAAUAACUGAAGGGAUGGUGGCCGUACGUAUAUAUAUUGUAUAUACGUAAGGGAGGGUGAUUCUUUCAGGUCAUCCCCACGGUAUAAAUCAUAGAUGUACAUUAAAGUUUAUUAAUAUUUGAGUUUUAAUAAUCGACUAGCAGUAAGAUCCGAAG